CAUGCGCAGUGCAUCCUAAACAGUGUUCACUGCUCAGCAGAAGUAAACAAGAGGUGCAGCGUUUCAAAUGCGGUGGUUCGGCUUUGGGUUUAACGCAUUUGGACAAAUACGUGUCCACGAUAAAUCAAUUAAAGGAGAGAGUAGCGACGAAGUGAAAGUGAGCAGUCCAUCUGAGCUAACGUUAGCUAGUCAGGUGGACACAUGCUGUCAGAUCAGAGCAAGCUGGAGUCGAGCAGCAGCUUUGCAUCUGGAUGGUGACAGCUGUGUGUGCCUGGCAGGUUUCACCGAGUCCUGUGGUGUUCCUCUGAAAGAGAGCCAGGGCUGUAAAGAUGCCAUCAUCAGUGAAUCCUACCUGACCCUCGCUUUCUCAGACAGACUUGAGUCCUGGGAUCUGCACAAGAAAGAGAAGACUCCAUCAUGGAGCAUGGAAAUAAAAACACACUCAGAGAGCUCUGGACCCCCUAGUGUGCAUCUCCCAUUGGUCCCUGAGGGUUACAUAGCCACGAAACCGCCCCUCUACCGCCCCUUAUCACCACACCUGAGGGCCAAGAGUCUGGCACUGAGUGCAGAGCAUGCCGUCCUUCUCAGUGCCUCUGGAACUGUGUACACCUGGGGACUGGGCAGCCAUGGUCAGUUGGGGCACGGAGACCUCACCUCUGAGGAGGAGCCCCGGGCAGUAGAGGCACUCUGGGGGAUGCCCAUGAGUUGUGUUGCUACAGGAGGCUGGCACUCUGUCUGUGUUAGUGAUGGGGGAGACCUUUAUGUGUGGGGCUGGAAUGAGAGCGGUCAGCUUGGACUUCCAUCACGAGGUCUGAGGAAAGCAGCAGAGCAGCAGCAGCAAAGUAGCCAACAAGCAGGAGCACCGUGCCAAGAUACCAGCACAUCUCCCGCUGAAGAGCCACAGCAGGGAGAGGAACAUGAAGAGGUUUUCAUAUCGAUCCAGGCGUUCCCGGCUCUGCUCGAUAUCACUCCAUCAUGUGAAGUCAGGACAGUCAGCUGUGGCAGCCGCCACACAGCUGCAGUAACAACCACAGGUGACCUCUACACUUGGGGCUGGGGUGACUACGGCCAACUUGGACAACAGAAUUUAAUGAGUUCAGAUGAGCCCCAGCUGGUGGAGUUCUUCAGGGAGCAGAAGAUGCGUGUGGUCGAUGCAGCGUGCGGGAUGUGGAACACUUUUGCUGCUGUCCUACAGGAGGAAGUAGCUUGCUCUUAAAAAUACGGGGAGAUCCCCUCGAUAAACAUGGACUUUGGACAAUAUACCAGGAAGUAUAAAUGAUCACAACAAAUACAAGACUUUGAGUUAAAUGUAUUUUGUAAUGUAUAAGUUCUUCUCAUUUGUCUGUAUUAAAAUAAACCAAACUUUGUAAAUGGAAA